AUGGGGAAUUGCCUGAGAGAAUGGGCUUCUUCAUUUACAGUUCUCGCCGUGAUGUGCAAUCGUCAUUCACCGCUUCACCGAGACUCUCAAUCCCUCGCUCAAUGGUUCGAUAUCAUGACCAGUAUCGGCGAUUAUGGACCGGCGCGAAUGAAAUUUCCAAAUAUUGGCAUUGAAAUUGCCUAUAAUUCAGGCGUUAUGGUUGGUACUUCGGGGAGAGUUGUUAGGCAUGGGGUAGACAGUGUGAUCGGCGAUAGAGUUAGCUGGGUGUGGUACAUGAGGGAUGAUAUUUACAAAUUUGUUGAUAUACCCCGAGGACACUAUUCCAAGUACGAGUCAAUAAUCGCUGAUGCAUUCUGUUGUAGAUAG